CUGAAGACAAAAUAUUCUGAAAUUCAUCAGAUACUGGACAAAAGUUUAUUUUGCUAUUGGCAAUUAAAGAUGAUGUUGUCUUGGAAACCGUUGAUGCUGCUUUCAUUCAUUGGCUCCUUGAGAGGUGAUGUUACUUUACAAGGUCCGGUGUUCAUUAGAGAGCCGAGCAACAGCAUUUUCCCGGUUGGUUCCGAGGAGAAAAAAAUUACUUUGAAUUGUGAAGCCAAAGGCAACCCUUCACCUCAUUACAGAUGGCAGCUCAAUGGAAGUGACAUUGACCUAAGUAUGGAAUAUCGUUAUAAACUCAGUGGAGGAAAUCUUGUGGUAAUUAAUCCGAACAGAAAUCGAGACACUGGUACUUAUCAAUGUUUUGCAUCAAAUUCUCUUGGAACAGUUGUCAGCAAAGAAGCAAAACUCCAGUUUGCCUAUCUUGAAAAUUUUAAAACUAAAAUGAGAAGUACAGUAUCGGUCCGAGAAGGACAGGGAGUCGUGCUGCUCUGUGGUCCUCCACCUCACUCUGGAGAGCUUUCAUAUGCUUGGAUCUUCAAUGAAUACCCAUCAUUUGUGCAAGAAGAUAGCCGACGAUUUGUUUCUCAGGAGACAGGACACCUGUACAUAGCCAAAGUGGAACCAUCUGAUGUGGGAAAUUACACCUGUGUUGUGACUAGUACUGUUACAAACAACAGAGUACUAGGUUCUCCCACUCCUUUGGUGUUACGCACAGACGGUGUGAUGGGCGAAUAUGAACCCAAAAUAGAAGUUCAAUUUCCAGAAACUCUUCCAGCAGCCAAGGGUUCAACAGUGAAGUUGGAAUGCUUUGCCCUUGGAAAUCCAGUGCCUCAGAUCAACUGGAGAAGAAGUGAUGGAUUGCCAUUUUCCAGUAAAAUUAGAAUGAGGAAAUCAAAUGGCUUGCUGGAAAUCCCAAAUUUCCAGCAGGAGGAUGCUGGUUUAUAUGAAUGCAUUGCUGAAAAUUCAAGAGGAAAAAAUGUUGCUAGAGGACGUCUCACUUACUAUGCAAAACCUCACUGGGUUCAGAUGAUAAAGGAUAUAGAAGCUGCCGUGGAGGACAAUCUAUACUGGGAAUGCCGAGCAAGUGGUAAACCUAAGCCAUCCUACAGAUGGCUGAAGAACGGAGAUGGCCUGGUGGUAGAGGAGAGAAUACAGCUAGAAAAUGGGGCCCUUUCAAUAGCAGAGCUAAAUGUGAAUGAUUCUGGCAUGUACCAGUGCAUAGCAGAAAACAAACAUGGGCUCGUCUACUCCAGCGCGGAACUCAAAGUUGUUGCAUCUGCUCCAGACUUUUCUAAGAAUCCAAUGAAGAAGCUGAUUCAGGUUCAAAUAGGCAGCCUGGUUAUAUUUGAUUGUAAACCAAAGGCAUCUCCCAAGGCACAUUGCUCUUGGAAGAAAGGCGAUGAGGUCCUGCAAUCAAGUGAAAGGAUAACUAUUUUAAAGGAUGGAGGACUCCAAAUAGCCAAUGUUACUAAAUUGGAUGUUGGGACUUAUACUUGUCUAGCUGAGAAUCAGUUUGGGAAAGCAAGCAGCUCCACUCAUUUAGUAGUUACAGAGCCCACAAGAAUAACAUUGGCCCCAUCCAACAUGGAUGUUUCUGUUGGAGAAAGUGUAAUCCUGCCUUGUCAAGUUCAGCAUGAUCCCCUUUUAGAUAUCGUGUUUACUUGGUAUUUUAAUGGAGCCAUCACAGAUUUUAAGAAAGAUGGAUCUCAUUUUGAGAAAGUAGGUGGGAGUUCUUUGGGUGAUUUGAUGAUUCGGAACAUUCAGCUAAAACAUAGUGGGAAAUAUGUUUGUAUGGUGCAAACGCAAGUAGACAGUGUUUCAUCUGCAGCAGAGCUGAUAGUAAGAGGUUCUCCUGGGCCACCAGAAAGUGUGAAGGUGGAUGAAAUAACAGACACCACGGCCCAGCUGUCCUGGAAAGAAGGUACAGACAACCAUAGCCCUGUCACAUCAUAUGUCAUUCAAGCUCGGACACCUUUCUCAGUGGGCUGGCAAAUAGUCACAACAGUGCCUGAUAUCAUCGAUGGAAAAACAUUCACAGCCACAGUGGUGGACUUAAAUCCUUGGGUGGAAUAUGAAUUCCGUGUUGUAGCCAAUAACAAAAUUGGAGGUGGGGAACCAAGUUUACCCUCAGAAAAAGUAAGAACUGAAGAGGCAGUUCCAGAAGUACCCCCUUCAGAAGUAAGUGGGGGAGGUGGCAGUCGGUCGGAACUGGUUAUUACUUGGGAUCCAGUCCCUGAGGAAUUACAGAACGGUGAAGGUUUUGGCUAUGUUGUUGCCUUCAGACCUCUCGGUGUUACCACAUGGAUCCAGACGGUGGUUACAUCUCCUGAUACACCGAGAUAUGUCUUUAGGAAUGAAAGUAUCCUCUCUUUUUCACCCUAUGAAGUAAAAGUUGGUGUAUAUAAUAACAAAGGCGAAGGGCCAUUCAGUCCAGUGACAACUGUUUUCUCCGCAGAGGAAGAACCUACAGUAGCUCCAUCUCAUGUCUUGGCCAAUAGCCUCUCGUCAUCAAUAAUCGAAGUUUCCUGGGACGCCAUUCCUUGGAAAAUGAGCAGUGGACGAUUACUGGGUUAUGAGAUUCGGUACUGGAAUAACGGAGGCAAAGAAGACUCAUCCAACAGAGUCAAGGUCAUGGGGAAUGAGACAACGGCCAGACUCCAGGGCCUACAGAGCAACUUAGUAUAUUACACUGCUGUCCGAGCAUACAACAGUGCUGGGACGGGGCCUUUCAGUGCUACGGUGAAUGCAACCACAAAGAAAAUGCCACCUAGUCAACCGCCAGGGAACAUUGUCUGGAAUGCCACGGAGUCUAAGGUCUUAAUUAAUUGGGAACAGGUCAAAGCAAUGGACAAUGAAUCGGAAGUUACUGGAUAUAAAGUAUUUUACAGGACAAGCAGCCAAAAUAACAUGAACAUACUGAACACCAAUAAAACAUCGGCUGAACUUUUGCUGCCUAUUAAUGAGGACUAUAUUAUUGAGGUAAAGGCAUCAACGGAUGGCGGCGAUGGCACUAGUAGUGAGCAGAUCAGGAUCCCAAGGAUAACAAAUAUGGAUGCAAGAGGGUCUACUUCAACAGUCUGCAAUGCCUACCCCUUCUUAUCAAGCUGCAUCACCCUAUUACCCAUAUUUCUUGUGAAGACUCUUUGGUGAUACUGAUUUUCAUUCUCUAGGAAAUUGAUAGGUUACACCACCACCCCCCCCUUUUAAAAAGUGCUUUCUUGAUAUACAGUAAUUAUGCAUGGUUUUCUCCAACUCUCUGUUUUUAAGUAUUUUCUAUUUCACUGUAGGUUAAAAAUAUAAAUACAAUUUUGUAAAAGAUUCAGUAAGUCCUUUUAGAGGAAUCUGAAAUGCCUUAAUACUUACUUGAUGAACCAAAGGAAUUUACAUAUUGCACCCUUCAGACUUUUUCAACCAACAUGAUUAUGUGAAGAAUCCAAGCAUUGCCUAAGAAUGGAGGCUCAUAAAAACUCAAAUCUUCUUUAACUUAAAUGAAGCUCUAUUUUUCCAAUAAUCAUAUUGUGAUUUGAUAAUUUCAUCAGGUGCUAUGCCGACUCAUGAACUGUAAUUCACAGAGAGAAUGCUAUUUGUAUGUAUUUCUUAGAAUAGCCAGGGAUUAAUUUGAUCUAUUAAGAAUAAUGUAUUUGCAAAUUACAAUUUGUAAAGCUCCCAUGCUUUGAGCUUCAUUAUAUUUUGGUCGAUUUGAGAUCACAUCAAAUGGGGCACCCCUAGCCAUGUUGGGGCUCUCAACACAUCUAUGUCAGCUUAUUCUUGGUAACUCAUGUCCAUGGAGAAAUGGGUAAACAUGUAACGCAAUGUGUUAAUCAUUCACUUGGUCAUUUUAUAAAGUGGAAAUUUCUAUAAUAUAUGAUUUUUCCUUGAGGAAGUUUUCAUUCCUUUCCCUUGAACAGUGCUUCAAAACGAAAGAUCUAGAAAAUGGAGAAUAUCUUGAUUCUAAACUAAAAUAUUAAACAAAACUACAUUCUACAUUCUUAACUUCUUUAUUUACUGAAACUCAUCAUUCUGUCAAAGCACAUUUAACAAUUGCUAUACUUUUCACUUAAGGUUUUAAUCAGAUUGUACCAAUGCUGGGGAUUUUAUUAUGUGUAACUGACAAAAUCUUUCAGCAUUCAUUAAAAAAAAGUUCUAGACUCAUUUUCCUAGCAAUAUGUAAAGAAUAUGUAAAAAUAAGCACAUUCAGUUAUGACUAUUUCAAAAACAAAAUUUUCCACUGAUAUUCCAUUUCACAAGAUUAUUUUCUUAUUUUUACUUCCAAGGAUAUCAGAAUUUGAAAAUAUGAGAAAAAUUUCAAGAAUAAGGAUUAGUGAAAUUCUGAUAUCACUUUGAAACAUCUCCAUGUACAUUUAGAGAUUAAAUUUAAGAGACAUUUAUUGUAUAAAACAGAAAAAAAGAUUCACAACUUUCUUGCAAGGUUUGUAUAUACUGUAUAUACCUAGAAAAUAUAAAUGGCUGGUAGCUUUCCAUAUGGUCAUGGUUGUUUCCUACAGGUCACAAAUUGGGAAAAUAACAUUUCCCAAUCAAUCUGUAUUUCCUGCUACAUGUAAGAGGAUUGUAACUUUUUAAAAAUUAUUUUAGUAAUUACUACAAAACAUUCAUGUAUUUCCAUUCCUAAGAUGGCUAUCCUAUUGUUUCAUUUAACUUCUAGUUAUAUAUCUCUGUGAGAUAUGUACCAAGUAUCUUGUUUCACAUUGAAAAGUAUGAAAUUUCUCCUUAAACUGCUGUGUGUGUAUCCUAUGGUUAUCUGUAUUUAUUAUUUUCUAUUAUUCUAAUAAAAUUUAUAACACUGAAAAAUGCUGGGACAUUUUAAAGUAUGUUAAAGUACAGACUCUAGCAAUGAAAAGCAGAAUAUGUAAAAAGGUCAGAAGUGGAAUUAGUAUAUAUCCUAAUGGCUUUGCCUAGUUAUAGUAUCAUUCCUUGUAUUUUCCUGACAUUUUGAUUUUUUUCUUUCAUU